AUGAUUAAUAGAAAGUCUUCUCUUUCUAACGCAGAGUCUGCUGUGAUGGGGGAGAGGGGGUUGCUCAUCCUUCUGCUUGCAGGACUAUGUGGGCCUGCUUCCAGUCAGAUCAGAAAAAAUGUGUUUGUGCCAAUCACACUGAGUUGGUCUCUAGCACAGACCUACUGUAGAGCGCAACACACAGACCUGGUCACUGUGCGCAGCCAAGAUGAAGCAAAACAACUCUUAACUCUUUCAGGAUUAUCUCCCAGUGAUUUUGUCUGGAUCGGGCUGUAUCGUGAUCAAACACAGAACUUGAAGUGGUCUAACAGUGAUGCUGUCGUCUACACCAGCUGGAAAAGUGGGGAACCAAACAAUGUGUUUGGUGUUGAGAACUGUGUGAUUAUAAGUGUAAGGGAUGGUUUGAUUUUUUCCAGAGGUGAAUGGGCUGAUGUGCCAUGCGCCGGGACCCUCCCCUUCUUCUGCUAUGACGAAUUGGCUGCAGAACCCACAAGCCCCACCUCUGCUCUAGUCACUCAAGAUGCAAACCCCUCUAACCUGCUUUCUACAGCAGCAUCUAAAGAUGCAAACCCCUCUGUCCUGCUUUUUUCACCAGCCUCUCGAGAUCCAGCCUCCUCUGACUCGUCUUCUACAGCGGCAUCUAAAGAUGCAAACCCCUCUGUCCUGCUUUCUUCACCAGCCUCUCGAGAUCCAGCCUCCUCUGACUCGUCUACUACAGCGGCCUCUAAAAAUGGCAUGGCAACUGGAAGGGUCAAAUUUAUUGCACCGAGAGGAAUUAAUCUUGAAGACCCCAAAGUGAGCGAAGCCAUUUUAGAGCAGGUGGGUGACAUUCCCUUUCAGAAAUCCAAAAUUCGGGAGCACCUCUCCAAGAAGUUUCCGAUGGACAGCGUUAACAUGCACUGGAGAAGACAAGACGGAGAGAUUUUCCACAAGGAUGAGGAAGAGGAGUGCUCCGAGCCAUGA